CUUCUCUUCUAGUUGCCAACGGCGCCCAGACCUUCCCAGUAAACACAACAGUACAAAUUGAGAUUCCAGAGCGGGGCGACUUCUGGGAAAGCUUCUAGAGUGGAGCAACUGAUCAACCAAACUAAACUGAGCUCUCCCUCUCAUUCCUGAAUCCUGAGGGCUGCUAGCUUACGCUGACGACAUUUUUGGCACCUGCUCUUUUUUCUCUCUGUACAGAGUUUAGGAGUUUACACCCCUCUACCACCCUAUCCUUAUCCCUCUUCUUCCCAACUCCUGGCAGAAGUGUAGCUAGCUCCAUGAGCUAAGUCCUGAUUUUAUAAUUAUGACCACCAUUUUAAGAUGCAGCAGUAUAUCAGUGUCUGUUUUUUGGGCCUCGGAGUGAAAAAUCAAUAAGCAAGUUUUGACCUGCGAUCGCUUAUCUUCACAGGCAAAACAUUUUUCAGUUGGAAAUUGAUGUCUUUGGACUCUGUGGACGCUUGAAAUAACUUAACUUUUAAAAAGACAACUUCUGAACUGAGUAGUUGGACUUGAGAGAAGAUGUCAGAGUACUAGACGCAUCUGUCUGUCUGUCUUUUUCUGACUGUUGAUGACUCUCUCCUUUGUUCAGAAAGUUCCCCUUUAGGAGAAAAAUCACAUCAACAAGCGAACGUUAAAUAAUUUCCCUACUGCGGCUUGUAAGACCUGCUGCAUACUUCCUGCCAUAAAGACCAUACAUCUUUCUGUCCCUUUAAUUAAAAGACUAGAGAAGAAGAGAAGUUUACUCGAGGGCAGGUGGGAGAGAAUCUAGAACACUGGUUUGAAUGAUGCGAUAAAUCGCAGUGGAUUACGAUUGGCCUGGUUAUAGCAUACAUAACCAUGACUGGCAGUAUUUUUAGUUUUACACUAGCACCUGAAUGUACACUAUGGAUGGGCUUGUGGAAUAAGUAGGACUGUACAAAAAACUCUUAUAGACACAAUGGCUGGAAUUGAGGAAUAAGGAGUAAGGGCUAAGAAGUUUUUUUACGGACCUUUCUAAGAGAGCCGAUUUGAUACUCUCUGAACUCUAGUCACAGACAUACAUUCAACCAAAAACAACAAAGACCUUAGGAAAAGGGUCCUAGCCUUCUACAAUCCCUCCCUAACUUCUCCAGUUUUCAACCUUUCCCUAGUGUUUCCUUGCCCCUCAGCGAGCAAGGAUGUCCGGCAGUAGUCACCCCCAACACCGUUCUUAGUUGUUGUCGCAGCUUCAACAGAAGCACCAGGAAGGAUCCUUCGUCAGUCAGGAUGUCUAACGAGUGCCCGACGGAGUGCAAGGCGGUGGUGACACCAUCGACGCGCAACGGCCACCGCGUCUUCAGCUACACGCUGGAGAGCCACACAGCGGCCGCCUUCGCCAUCAUGAACGAGCUGCGGCUGGACGGCCAGCUGUGCGACGUGACGCUGCGUGUAUGCUACAACGACCUGGAGGCCGUGGACUUCGUGGCACACAAGGUGUGUUGCAUGGUGUCAAUAAUGGUUAUGCUAGGGACGGAGUCUGGUGUAGCGGUAACGCUCCCGACUUCGGACCACUCAUGCCCCCUUGGUGACGGGGGGUCUGUGCCCUUCCCUUCUGGUCCUCAUCCUAUGUCUUGUUUCUAACACUAUUCUGUCUGUUUUGCACUCCGUUCUCCUUUAAAGCUCUAAUGCAGCCGUUUAAAAAAAAAUACAUAUCAAAUCAUUUCUGGGUAACAAUUAAGGACCUUACUGUGAUUUGUUUUUCAAUUAAAAUUGUCAAAAAUAAACUAAAAUAGCUUCCUAGCAAAGAGCAAUUUGCAAAGAGCUAAGUAGGGAGGGGAAAACUGAAAAUGUGCUGUUAUUUGGUUUGGAACUCUCCUUCUUAUUGGUCUAUUAACGAAUUUACCCCCUGGUGAUGUCACCAGGCAGGCCAAAACUCCAUCGGACAGCUCUUAUGCUAAAAGGGCAUUAUCAUCAUUUUCACAAUUUCACAGUAUUAUUCCAACCUCAGUGUGAAAAUGUAUAUAAAACACAGGAAAAUCACGUUUUUGAAAGCACUUGGCCUUUAAUUUUUUACAAUAAUAAUAAUGGUUAUGCUAGUGAAUGAGGGGGACCUUUUAAAACCAUCUUGUGAAAGAGGAGUGCAUGGCGAUCUUGGGGAAUCUCAUAACGAAUUGGAAAAAGUUGCAUAACCGAUUAUAUUGCUUCAUUGAAUUGUUCGUAUACAGUAGGAACCCUACUUAUAUGUUUGAGAUAUCAACCUGACAGUUCACGUCUACAGGUGGUGCUGGCAUCGUCCUCUCCGGUCUUCAGAGCCAUGUUCACCAACGGCCUGAAGGAGUGUGGGAUGGAGGUGGUGCCCAUCGAGGGGAUACACCCCCGGGUGAGUGUUAUAACACAUUUUAUAAGACUUACCAUAGGCAUGUAAUAAACCUUUAUACCUGUUGGCCUAAAGUAAAGUGUUAACUAACUCUAUUGAAACCAACUGUAUCCAAAUCAUGUGAGAAUCCGUGAGUAAUAGUGGGGAACACUGGAUAGAGGAGGGAGACUAGUGUCAGUAGGAGGAAGGGAAGGCCGCCUUUUAUCCAGACGUAACAGUAGAGCUUGACUUUUAGAAAUCACUGUUGUAAUUAUCCACGUUGCAUUCAAGAUAGGAAUGCAAUCACUCCACAUUUUCCUACGAGUGACCAAAGAUUGACUCUAUAGGAAAGACAGUUGUAUUUCAGUGGUAAGAAUACACACACACACACCUGCUUUUAUCGCUGGCUUUCUUGUUCCAGCUGGUGCGUACAGCCCCACUGAGUUAUCUCAGAGAGAUCGUAAUCAUGCCCCUUCCUUUAGACACACGCACACAGGCAGACAUGCCAAGCUCACAGAGCGUGCCGGAUUAGCCAUGUUGACUAAUGAGGGAACUGAUAAGCCAGCAGCUCUCUGACUGCUCUCUGUCAAAGGCUAACUCAGAACUGUGCCACACUGCCAUGGCUUUAAUAGUAUUUAUUGUGUUACUAUUUUCAAUUUUUAUUUGCUAAUUGUCUUACUUUUUAACUCUGCAUUGUUGGGAAAGGACUCGUAACUAAGCAUUUCACGGUAAAGUUUUAUUCGGCGCAUGUGACAAAUACAAUUUAGAUGAGUUUUAUUUGAUUGUGUAGUUCCUCAAUACUGAGGCAGUUUGUGUCAGUCUGGACCCUCAUGCAACGAUAAUAAUAAAAAUGAAUCAACCCCUUUCUGUCCUUGUUUUCUCCUUGAUCUUGUCUAACUGUGGCUCUACUCUCGUCUCAUUCAAUAUUUCUCCCACCUCUCUCUCUCUUCUUUCUCUCUCUCUCCUCUCUUCUCUCUCUCUCUCUCUCUCUCCUGCCCUCCCACCCCCUUUCCUUUACUCUUUCCUUUCCCCAUCUCUUCUCUCCAUCUCCAAUCUUUUCUCUUCCUUUCUCUCAGGUAAUGGGCAGGCUGAUAGAGUUUGCCUACACGGCCAGCAUCUCUGUGGGGGAGAAGUGUGUGAUCCACGUCAUGAACGGCGCCGUCAUGUACCAGAUCGACAGUGUGGUCAAGGCCUGCUGCGACUUCCUGGUUACACAGCUGGACCCUAGCAACGCCAUCGGCAUAGCCAGCUUCGCCGAGCAGAUCAGCUGCACGGAGCUCCACCAGAAAGCCCGGGAAUAUAUCUACAUGAACUUCAGCCAGGUAUGUGGCGUAGAUAAAGUGCAUUCGGAAAGUAUUCAGACCUCUUGACUUUUUCUACAUUUUGUUACGUUACAGCCUUAAAGGGAUAGUUCGGGUUUUUAGCAAAUAUCUACCUCACCAGAGUCGGAUGACCUCGUGGAUACUAUUUUUAUGUCUCUGCAUCUAAUUUAGUAUGAAGGAAGUUAGAGGUAGUUUCGCAAGCCAAUGCUAACUAGCAUGCUAGCUGUACCCGAAGACUUCCCGUCUUUUCACUAAGCUAGUUAGAAUUGGCUCGCAAAACUACCUCUAAUUUCCUUCAUACUGGACACAGAGACAUAACAUGGUAUCCACAAGUUCAUCUGACUCUGGGGAAGUAGAUAACAGGCUUCAUUGCCAAAAUCCCGAACAAUCCCUUUAAAAUACACACAUCCCGUUAGCUUUCCCCCCUCAUAAUUGAUUCAGGAUCAGCUUUGCCUAAAAAAAUAGUUAUUUGGGUUUUGCGAUUUCCCCAAACCAUAGAGGUAGAAUCCUUUUAAACUCAUGAAGGGAGUGAACAAGUGCACACUUCGGAGAGAAGGAUACUGAAUUGGGCUGCAGCUGGAGUUCCAGUAUCCAGAGCAUGUUGAUGAUACCAAGUGUUUCACCAUGACACUUUGCUCCUUAACCUUUCCAUAUGCCCUAUGGGUUUUUCCAGGAAAUAACCACGUUGCCUGUCUCUGAUCAGUUGAAUUGAUUCAAGCCGAUACUGUUCAGCUCUCCUAAUCUCGAUUUGAUAUGGAUGAGUCAUUCAGUCAACCUUAUCAUUAGUUUCAUUGUGGUCCUCUGUAGCUCAAUUGGUAGAGCAUGGCGCUUGUAACGCCAGGGUAGUGGGUUCGAUCCCCGGGACCACCCAUAUGUAAAAAUGUAUGCACACAUGACUGUAAGUCGCUUUGGAUAAAAGCGUCUGCUAAAUGGCAUUAUAUAUUAUUAUUAUUAUUAUUAUAUUAUAUUUCACUGUCACUGUGUCAGACCAUUCAGCUGCUAUAAAGAUGAUCUGUAGUUCCUUACUGUAACUGGUGUCUUUGAAAAGCCAGAGACUGUUUCCUCAACUGAAUCACUGUGUUUAGUUAAGGGAAACAUCAAGGCUUUGCUAGGGUGGUGCAUCACCACCUGCACCACAGUGUGUUAUUACUAAGCAAAUAGUCUCAGCUGGUCUGUACACCAUCUUUGUUUCUGUAGUCUGUCUUUUCUGCAUUGGCCCUUGGUGAACACUCAACAUGAAUAAUCGCCCUGUGCUAUUGUGUGGUAGUGGGUUAGGUGAGUGUGUGUUGGGUUAGUUUUUGUGCGUGCCUUGGGUGAGCAAUGUGUGGAAUGGGUGAGUCGUGUGGGCGGGCUCAUGGGGUUUACCUGUAUGUUCAAUGUACUAGCAGUCAGUCUGCAUAACUUCACUGGGAGUCAGACUGAAACUUAACAUGGUUGGCUGGUUGGCUGGCUGGUUACCAGGAAGAGAGGUAUCUCAUAUGUUCUACAAAGAUCACUGAUUCACACAUAUAUACACACACACACACACCCCCAAAAUAAUGAUCAUGAGUCAUAAUAAGAUGAAUACCAGAGGUGUACUGUGUGCUUCAGUGUACUCAUUGAAUAUUGUUUUCUCCAAAAUGCUUUGUUACUCCCCUUUUAAUUCUAAAAGCCUAACAGUUGCCCAUGCCCCAUAUCCAAUAAUUCCUUGUUAUUCUCCAUGACUUCAUUUUAGACGGGCGACCAAGUGAUGCCUGUCUAAAACGGUCUCCUUCUUUUCCUCCUUCUCCCCUUUAGGUGGCGACCCAGGAGGAGUUCUUCAACCUCUCCCAAUGCCAGCUGGUCACCCUCAUCAGCCGUGACGAACUCAACGUGCGCUGUGAGUCAGUGGUUUUUCAGGCUUGUGUGGCGUGGGUCCGGUACGACCGGGAGAACCGGCGGCCCUAUGUCCAGGCCCUGCUCCAGGCAGUGCGGUGCCACUCCCUCACCCCACACUUCCUCCAAGCCCAGCUGCAGUCUCUGGAGUGGGACGACCAGUGUAAAGACUACCUGGCUCAGAUCUUCCAGGAUCUCACCCUCCACAAGCCCACCAAGGUGAGAUGGAUGGGUGGUUGAUAUAGUUUUUUAGAACGUUUUUUUAAUGGUACAGUUAAAAAGUACAAAACCCUCCUUUCCAUUUGGACCCUUGUUGUUUCUGAUUUACAUCAAUGACCUUGCUGCUGUAUCUAGCACUUAACAUCCAAUACUGUUUCCUGAUGAUGCCAAGAACCUUGAUUUUAAAUUAAGUUUAAAAAGUACAAAACCCAGAAGAUGAUAACAUUAUACAACAGAACUUAUUUCCAACACGUAUUUUCCUCCAAGGUAAUCUCCUGAUUGAUCGAUUGAUUGAUUUUUGUGGUCCUCCUAGGUGAUAUCGUGCCGCACGCCCAAGGUGCCCCAGCUCAUCUACACGGCAGGGGGGUACUUCCGCCAGUCCCUGUCCUACCUGGAAGCCUACAACCCCUGUACCGGGUCCUGGCUGAGGCUAGCUGACCUUCAGGUCCCCCGGAGUGGCCUGGCCGCCGUGGUCAUCUCUGGGCUGUUCUACGCUGUUGGAGGAAGGAACAACGCUCCUGACGGGAAUAUGGACUCCAACACGUUGGAUUUGUAUAAUCCCAUGAACAACUGCUGGUUGCCUUGUGCUCCCAUGAGUGUACCAAGGAACAGGAUAGGAGUGGGGGUGAUUGACGGGAUGAUCUAUGCUGUUGGAGGGUCGCAUGGAUGUAUUCAUCAUAACAGCGUGGAGAGGUUAGUAGAACUGAGAUCUGAUUGGGAGGUUUGAUGAAGGAAGCGGGAGUUGCGUUUUGUGUCCUUAGAUUGGGGUUAUGAUUGGUUAGAUAUGUAGGAUUGGAACAGUGCCCUUGGCGUCAUAGGACUUGGUAUUUUGUGCGGAACAAAGUGACGUAUUGAUAUGGAACUUAACAUAUUUUAUACAAGGAAGUAUAUACAGUAUUAUUAUUUUUAUCUCAAGGAAAGUAUUUGUUGAUUGUGCCUGAAAAUAGACCAGGAAGAAAUUACUUUGAUGUCACAAUUUUCCAACCUAAAUAUAGUCCAGUUGGUUGAUUCUGUCUCGAUCCUGCUCCGCAGGUUUUGUCAGUGUGUCUGACUAACAGUGUCUGUCUCUCCACUCCUCCUCAGGUAUGACCCGGACAGGGACCAGUGGCACCUGGUGGCCCCCAUGUUGACGCGGCGUAUCGGGGUGGGCGUGGCGGUGAUCAACCGGCUGCUGUACGCGGUGGGGGGGUUCGACGGCACCCACCGCCUCUCCUCCUCAGAGUGUUACAACCCAGAGAGAGAUGAGUGGAAGAGCAUGUCUGCCAUGAACACUGUGCGCUCUGGAGCAGGUGAGGAACAAAGGGGGCACACUGACUUUGGACAGAAUUUAUGGUCUGAUUCUCUACCCUUCUCCCGAAGUGUGCGCUUACACGCCCCUUCAUUUAUUUAAAAGGCGUGGACAGGUGUAAGGAAUAUGGUGGAAACUCUCCAGCCAUGCUUACACAAAUCCAAUGUUUUCAAAUGGAUUUUAAAUGCACUUUUUUGGGUGAAGGGUAGAGAAUCAGAGUGAAACCUGUGUGUAGGCCUAAAGUCCCACCUGUGUCAAGAAGGGCCUUCUAAUGAUGAACUUUGACACAUCAGGUGUGUGUGCGCUGGGGAACCGUAUCUACGUGAUGGGGGGCUACGACGGCACCAACCAGCUGAACACAGUGGAGCGCUACGACGUUGAGACUGACACCUGGAGCUUUGCAGCCUCCAUGAGGCACCGGCGCUCUGCCCUGGGGGUCACCGCGCACCAUGGGAAGAUCUAUGUACUGGGUGGGUAUUGUAAAAACUGUUGCCAGUGCAACAAUGCUCCAGUGUAAUUAUGAGUAAUUUGCUUCGGUGCAAGAAUUCUUUCUUUGAACGCCGUAAACAAAGCCCUAGAGGCCGCCCCAAAUACCCAUGUGUUUUAGCUGAUACAUUUCUAGUCUUGCCUACUAUGACAGAAUCAACCCCCAAAUGAUGUGCAGUAGCAGUAUUUAGUACUACAGAUUUUAGGUCACUUUUAGUUUUACAGUCUCAAGUGGGGUGACAUAGAGAGAGCAUGUCUUAUUUUUUAAAGUGUUUUUUGUGUGAAAAAAAUUUUUUAUGAACUUUUUUUUUUGAUAAUUUGAGACGUAAUAUAUCUGGUGGUGACCCCUGGAAUUGCAGGACUGAUUAUGGCAAGUCAGUUUAUAUUUGACAGUUGCUCGAUUUGUAUAAUGCAGCAGCAACACCUGGUCAACAUCAGCUUUUUGGCCUCCUGCUCCAGUUCCUAGAGGGAGGUGGUGCAGAGGCUCGCGUCGUAGGGGGCUUUUCAGGACUACUGCUGAGGUGUGGUGGUCUUACUGGCACUUUUACAGUGGCCGAAGCAUCACCCAGGCGCGUGCUACAUUUCAGUAGUGGACGAUCCAGCCUGAUCUACAGAGGAGGAGCUGUGAACAUCGAAGACGACGAGGUGCCCGAUGAAGAGCUCCAUGGCCGGUCUGUCAGAUGUCUCUACCUCCCUGCCAGGCUGUACCAUCAAUGCUCCAUCCGCUCAUGAUACUACCUUUCUGAACUGCCUAUCAUCUAAAGCUGUGGAAGACCAUCGCCCAAUAACUGCCAGAUCCUCCAUUUUGUUUUGUUAAAUUUGUUUGUUUGGUUUGUUUUUAAAGCGGCUUUGAGAUUCAACAUGUAAUGAAAAGCAUAAAAUACAUGUAUUAUUAUUUACAUUUGAGAUACAAUUCUCUUAUGUUAUAAAAGUGUUAUAAAUCCCAUCAUAUGUCCUAAAGAGUGAUUCUCCUCUCCUCCCCCGUUCUACAGGAGGUUAUGACGGGAACACGUUCCUGGACAGCGUGGAGUGUUAUGACCCGGAGACCGACACGUGGUCGGAGGUGACCCGCAUGAUGUCGGGCCGCAGUGGCGUGGGCGUGGCUGUUACCAUGGAGCCCUGCCAAAAGGACCUGGCCCAGUGUCUGAAGCAUGAGAGGACGGAGGUCACUGGCGGUUGUGAGGGUGGUAGUUUAGGGUGUUCAGGGACAGGAGGGUUCGUACCAUAACUCCAGACACGGUGCCUUCGGCAAGGGGACUUGAGUCGUACGCUCGCCACCAUCCCUGGCUGAGUCUUCUUCAGUCCUCAGUCUUCCAUGGAAAAGUGCCCCCACCUUGAAUAGAAAACAGAAACACAGGUCUUCUGAAAAACACAAGAUCGCAGAGGCCCUCCCUAGCCCUGUUGGUUUCACACAACUUCAGUCAUGUGUGACAAGUUGUUUAAUGAUAAAUUGUUUGAUUUGAUAUAGUUUAUGAUCCAGCACGUUGAUUCACUCACUGUUCCUGUGAGAACAAUGCAGAUGGGCAAAGUCAUAGAAAUAGGAGUUCUAGAUUGUUUCAUCUGUUCUACUCUACUUCUAUGUGCUCCAUCCCAUACCACCACAGUAGCAUUAUAGCGCCCCCUUGGACCAAUGACCAAUGUUUCCCUGGUCUACACCAAGAGGAGAAAGGGCUGUACAAUAUAUUUGAAAGGCUACUAACUAACCUCUGUCUACUGAAUUAGUAGUCACUUUUUUCUAUUUCAAGACCAGCCUGUGCAGGUAAACCAAAUAUUUUGGGGAGGGGAAGAAAUAUACAAAAUUGCAUACUUUCAACAACAAAAAGACAACGUACUUGUAAGACAAAGUACCCGUUGCUGAGAAUUUUCCUGCACAGCAGUAAAUGCAAAUGUGUAGUGUAUUCAAGGUUUAAAAAGGCUUCUAAAGUUUGUAAUUUCCACUUUAAAUGUCAGAUUUGAUUUGCCCUAACGAAAAAUGUAUCAACCCCUACACAAAAAUGUCCAUUAAUUAUAAUCCACAUAAUUCACAUUUCCUGUUGCUGCAGGAUUAUUUUCCUGCUGUAGCAAACUCUCAAAUUAAAGAUCCUACAUCUGUAGUACGUUUGGCAACGUCUGUGGACAUGGGGAAUUUUAGGGUUUUCCUAAUGCAAAGUGCCAUUAAUUACUAUGCCUGCUGGCAUGAUUACCAUCAUCAGUAUACAGACCACUCUCUGGUGCCUGAGGUGGCAAGAAAGUGCGUUGGUGCUUGGGCCAAGGGUUGGAGACUUAGCCUACAGUGGUCGAAGUACGCCUAGAGAGCCCCAAGACUGAGUCUAGAUACUAUCGGCUCAAUACCGUCGCAAACCAAUCAUAAAGAGAAUGAGAAUACUGUAGCACUGAAUCGUUUUUAGAGUAGGAAACUCACAAGGUCCGCCCAUGAGGACAAAAGUGUCAAUGAAUGUUUAAACAUUACACACAAAUAUAUCUCCAAACUCCCCUUGCGAUUGCUAUUGGGUUUUAACACUUGUACACACAUCUGGCCAAACCACAAAUCAAGUGACCAUUGUUGUGGAUUAAGUCACAUUGAUAAUGUCACUAAAUGAGAAGGAAAGGAAAGGGUAAGUCCCAAAUGGCACCCUAUUCCCUAUGUCGUGCACUACGUUUGACCAGAGCCCUAUGGGCCCUUAUCAAGAGUUGUGCACUAAAUAUUGCCUGAUGACUCACGCUGAAUUGAAUUCCGCUGCUCUAUGGAUGGAGAAGAAAAUGUCAGUGGGCCGGAGCCAGCCAAAACUAAAUGGAGAAAAGGGUGCCAUUUAGGAAGGGCUACUUAAAGAAAUGUAUUUGUAACAGCGGUUUAAACUAAGUUUUUAGUGAUGUUUUGUACAUUGAUAUUCUAUUCCAAUAGAGUCUUGUACAGAAGAAUUUAAGAGGUGACGUUUUUUAUUUAUUCAUUUUCUGGCCUUGUUUGCUUUGACUGACAACAACGACUUUGUAUUAAAAUUGGACUCUGAUAUUGUUGUUUUCCUGAUAAUGAGCAGCAUGCAUUGUAUUUAGGCAUGCCUGUUGAAUGCCUAAAUUUGAACAUUUGUAAAGAUAUGUUGCCUCUUUUGAAAGGGACUUUUUUUCCUCUUCUCAGAAGUUAAAACAAAUGUAAUAGAAUAAAGAAAUGCUUUGUACAUUUUUCAGCAAACACACACUGUACAAAACACAUUGUAUAUUAAAAUAAUGUUUAUUUUAACCGUGGCAUAUGUUUCUUUGUCGAAAUCCCAGUUCUGGGCUCGUAUUCACACAGCAUCUGAUUUUAGGAGUGCUGAUAUAGGAUACGUUUUUGCCUUUUUGAUCAUAAUGAAUAAGAUUAACAGGGUGAUCUGAUCCUAGUUUAGCAAUACUCCAAUUAGCUUUGAGAGAAAGGCACCUGGAUCCGGAUUCCCAAAAGCAUCUUAAAGCUAAAUUCAUCGUUAGAACCAUUGAUGAAUUUAGCCUUAAUGCUUUUUGGGAUACCGGGCCCUGAUCAGGGAGUGUCUGCACAAAGACAGUACGAAGAUGGGCAGAAACUGCUAAUCCAAUAGAAAUCCCCGAUCACGCUUGUAGGCGACGUCAUGGCGACUUUGGCUGGCUAAACUCAUGCGCAGAACACGUCUUCGGGUCUAACGGUCGUCUCACGCAGAACUGCGCAUGUGCAGGCCUUCAAAUUAAAGGCACGGCCUUCGCUAUAAAGUUUUUACGAAAAUGAAAACUUGUCAGUUUGUCAAUUUCACGAGGUUAGAGUAAUAACAUGCUCAACUACUUAAGACAUUGGCUCGAAUCUAGGUUGUGCCUUUUACAUUUCGAAAAAAUGUACAACUAAGGAAGAAUGUUUCACUUCUCUCAUUGACUUCUCUAAGGCCAAACCCCGGCCUGGUCUGAUUCGCAAGCGUUCCCAGAAGUCUCGCGAUGUUGCUCCUCUGGGUUUAGAAACUCUGUGGUCUGCAUCAUGUUGCCACAAGAUGGCGCCUAAACACAGAUUUUCGUCAUACCAGUUAUUGAUGAUGACAUUGAUGUGGAUUUUGGAUUAAAUUAGCAAAAUAACAUUCAUAGUUUACAUAUUUUAUUAUUAAUGGUUUAAUGUUUCAUAUUUGUUCAAUAUUAUUUCUUAUUUUAUUAUGUAACUACAAGCUGUAGGCUAUAACCCCAGUAAUUAAUAGUAAGUACAGGCCAUUCAUGAUGACUUGACAUUUUGCAUUCCCUUGGUGAAUCUGUCAGCGGAAUGCCAAAUAGGCACUGGGCUACAGUAGAUUUAGAACAGUAGCCUAAACUCAACUCCAUAUACACUACAUGACCAAAAGUAUGUGGACACAUGCUCAUCGAACAUCUCAUUCCAAAAUCGUGGGCAUUAAUAUGGAUUUGGUCCGCCCUUUGCUGCUAUAACAGCCUCCACUCUUCUGGGAAGGCUUUCCACUAGAUGUUGGAACAUUGUUGCGGGGACUUGCUUCCAUUCAGUCACAAGAGCAUUAGUGAGGUUGGGCACAGAUGUUGGGCGAUUAGGCCUGGCUUGCAGUGCUAGCUGUGCCACUAGAGAUCCUGGUUCGAAUCCAGGCUCUGUCGUAGCCGGCCGCGACCGGGAGACCCAUGGGGCGGCGCACAAUUGGCCCAGCGUCAUCCAGGGUAGGGGAGGGAAUGGCCGGCAGGGAUGUAGCUCAGCUGGUAGAGCAUGGUGUUUGCAACGCCAGGGUUGUGGGUUCGAUUCCCAAGGGGGGUAUAAAAAAAAUAAUAUAUAUUUAAAAAAAUAAUCAAAACAAAAUAAUGUAUGCACUCACUAACUGUAAGUCGCUCUGGAUAAGAGCGUCUGCUAAAUGACAAAAAUGUAAAAUGUAAAAUGCUUGCAGUCGGCGUUCCAAUUCAUCCCAAAUGUGUUCGAUGGGGUUGAGGUCAGGGCUCUGUGCAGGCCAGUCAAGUUCUUCCACACCGAUCUCGACAAACCAUUUUUGUAUGGACCUCGCUUUGUCCAUGGGGGCAUUGUUAUGCUGAAACAGGAAAGGGCCUUCCCGAAACGGUUGCCACAAAGUUGGAAGCACAGAAUCGUCUAGAAUGUCAUUGUAUGCUGUAGCGUUAAGAUUUCCCUUCACUGGAACUAAGGGGCCUAACCCGAACCAUGAAAAACAGCCCCAGACCAUUAUUCCUCCUCCACCAAACUUUACAGUUAGUACAAUGCAUUGGGGCAGGUAGCCUUCUCCUGGCAUCCGCCAAACCCAUAUUUGUCUGUCGGGACUUCCAGAUGGUGAAGCUGAUUCAUCACUCCAGAGAACGUGUUUCUACUACUCCAGUCCAUUAGAGGCUAGCUUUACACCACUCAAGCCGACACUGGCAUUGCGCAUGGUGAUCUGCGUUAUUUUCUUUGGGUGUUGCUAAUCUGUAGUUUUUGCAAAAAAAAUAGCAUUCUAUGUGAUGUCUGUCAAAUUGCGCUGCGAAAUGUAUGAAGUUUACCACUUCAAACAUGCACUACCAGUCUUCUGGUUACUUUUAUAAAGAUCAAUUAUUUAAUGCUAACUGUGUACCUGUGCUUGUCCUGAUUGUUAUAGAGUUGUCAGUGGGAGUUGCAAUGCAUCGUUUUUGAUUUAAAACAUUGCUUUCUAUGCAUCCCCUGCCAAAACUGAGCUGCUCCUUCUCCAUUAACAACGGCUCCCUUGGUGGGGGUCGGUAAAAUGCUAUUUUUAUAAAAAAAAUCUGCUGAUUGCAGCACCCAAAUAAAGGAAUGCAGUUACACAGGACAAACAUAGGUACAAGGUAAACAUUAAAGAAUGGGCAUUUUUGUAAGUAUCGACUGAUUCCGACUCGAUGUAGUCAGAGGUACACUGCCGGCACUCAUCGCAACUCGGCUCCAUUGAAAUUAAUGGAGUUGAGUUUCCUUAGCGACAGCUAGGCUACUUUCCUGCCUAGAAAUUAUUAUACAGACCAAGAAAGAAACAAAACAUGCUGAAUAAUAAUGAUGAUGUACUUCUCUUUAUUCUAGAUCAAUGUCAAGGUGACAUUCUUAUUUAAUAGCCUGUGUAAGCAAAACAUUGACACAUCCGUUGAUUUUUUUUUUGUUGGCAUGACUGUCACUGGGUGGGCCAGUCAAAGGAAGAUUGAGCGUCGAUGCGUCGUACGUGUUUUAGGAGGCAGAAGGCUUGUAUUACCUGUAUGGACUUCGACAAUCAUGUGUGGCGUGGUAGGCUACUAAACGACACCUCACACUCAAACAACUAUCUCAAACUUAAACUUGGGUCCAUGUUGUCAUCGACUAAAAGCCGAAAACAAGAAGGAUUUCCCGGCAUCAAUAGCCUAUUCACUUGCCCGGCAGCAAUGCGUCGGCGUUCUGAUACUUUCUUUUAGGAGAGCAACUCGCGGACUACCCCCCUCCCCCUGUGGAUCUCGCACGAGCUCAGGUAAAUUGCCCGCUCUGAAACAAUUCAUAUCAGAAAUAUAUGAGAACUUUUGGUUCUUUAAACGUAUUCUUUAUCUUUAAUACAUUUGAACUUAAAAAAUAACUCCUAUGAAUUGUUUUGAAAAGAGUUUAUGUGAAUUUAUAGUCUAAGCCUAUACUUUUGUAAACGAAGAUGAGGUCUUCAAUUUUGUCUGACAGGUGUUUUUCUCAGAAGGUAUGGCGGUGGCGAUAACGAACUGUAAAAUCAAUUGGCUCAUGUGCAAUAGUCUGUGUUUUCCUGAUUCAUUGGGUAGUGCACUGUAAUACAUGUGUCAUAAAGUGUCCGUUUUAUUACUUAUAGGAUAAGUUAUAGGCUGGCUACCCUAUAAAAGUGUAAGCUACUUUCACAAAGCAUGUUGAAAUGUUCAUAGUUUUGGUCAAUAUAAGUAAAGUUUUCAGAAUGAAAUAGUUGCAUUCUCAGUCAUUAGCUAGGCUAUUAAAUCCACUGACACGUGGGAGACAACAUUACUAAGCCUGUUGUGAAAUGGUCAUGGACCUCUUGAAUUUAGAGGCUUAUACCAACAGUGAACACCCAAGAUAUGAUUACCUCAACUGUAUCACUUUCCUUAAAGAGAGAGACCUCUCUUUGUUGAUCAGCCGUUGUUGUAUUGUCAUACUAUACAGAACAAAAAUAUAAAUGCAACAUGCAACAAGUUCUAAGAUUUUACUGAGUUACAGUUCAUAGAAGGAAAUCAGUCAAUUUAAAUAAAUUCAUUAGGCCCAAAUCUAAGGAUUUCACAUGACUGGGAAUACAGAUAUACAUCUUUUGGUCACAGAUACCUUUAAAACAAAGGUAGGGGCGUGGUUCAGAAAACCAGUCAGUAUCUGGUGUGACCACCAUUUGCCUCAUGUAGCGCGACACAUCUCCUUCUAAUAGAGUUGAUCAGGCUGUUGAUUGUGGCCUGUGGAAUGUUGUUCCACUCCUCUUCAAUGGCUCUGCGAAGUUGCUGGAUAUUGACGGGAACUGGAACACGCUGUCGUACACGUCAACCUGGAGCAUCCCAAACAUGCUCAAUGGGUGACAUGUCUGGUGUGUAUGCAGGCCAUGGAAGAACUGGGACAUUUUCAGCUUCUAGGAAUUGUGUACUGCACAUUUUAGAGUGGCCUUUUAUUGUCCCCAGCACAAGGUGCACCUGUGUAAUGAUCAUGCCGUUUAAUCAGCUUCUUGUAUGCCACACCUGUCAGGUGGAUGGAUUAUCUUGACAAAGGAGAAAUGCUCACUAACAGGGAUGUAAACAAAUUUGUGCACAACAUUUGAGAGAAAUAAGCCUUUUGUGCGUAUGGAACAUUUCUGGGAUCUUUUAUUUCAGCUCAUGGAACAUGGGACCAACACUUUACAUGUUGCGUUUAUGUUUUUGUUCAGCGUAGUUUAUCCACUUUGGACUACAGUACCGGCUACAGGACAGCCCCUCAUUUUUCCAUGCAAGGCUCAUAGAUACUGUAGGAGACACAUCAGGAGAAACACAUUCUAUUCCCUCCCCAACCCCUUUCGAAAACUCUAAAUAAAUCUUUCUUCCUAAAUUAUUGGUUAUUAUCAGGUAGAGACAUGUUGCUUAUAAUCCAGUCUUUGUGUCAGAUGAGUUUUCUAAGUAGUUGGCAUUUAGUGUCAUUAAUCUUGCCCUGGAGGUCUCCUGGAUAUCUGUGCAUUAGAGACCUCUCUAAUGCCCAGAAAGCUCAGAUUAAAACUCCCAUUCACCAGCUCUGCAAGCGGCAUAAUGUCAAAAUAUACUCAGUGGCAAGUUUAUUAGGCACACCACCCAGUUCACGAAAUGGAUCGCUCCUACAGUCAGUGAGUCACGUGGCCGUGGGUUGCUAUAUAAAGCAGGCAGACAGGCAUCGAGGCAUUCAGUUACUGUUCGAUUGAACGUUAGAAUGGACAAAACAAGUGACCUAAGCGACUUUGAGUGUGGUAUGAUCGUCGGUGCCAGGCACGCCGGAUCCAGUAUCUCAGAAACGGCCGCCCUCCUGGGGCUUUCACGCACGACAGUGUCUAGAGUUUACAGAGAAUGGUGCAAGCUAACAGGCGGGCCACAAACAGACAAAUAACGGCGCAGUACCACAGUGGUAUGCAGAAUGGCAUCUCAGAACGCACAACUCGUCGAUCAUUGUCACGGAUGGGCUAUUACAGCAGACGACCACACCGGGUUCCACUCCUAUCAGCUAAAAACAGUGGGCACGCGAUCACCAACACUGAACAAAUGAGGACUGGAAAAAUAUCGCCUGGUCCGACGAAUCCCGGUUCCUGUUGCAUCAUGCUGAUGGCAGAGUCAGGAUUUGGUAUAAGCAGCAUGAGUCCAUGGCCUCAUCCUGCCUGGUGUCACGGUACAGGCUGGUGGUGUACUGGUGUGGGGAAGUUUUUCCUGGCAAAUGUUAGAUCCUUCGAUAGCAAUUGAGCAACGAUUGAACGCCAUGUCCCCGAAAAAGUCAGGCUGCUGUGGAGGCAAAGGGGGGUCCGAUCCGGUACUAGAUGGGUGUACCUAUAAAUUGGCUAUUGAGUGUACGUUCGUUAUUCAGAAAAUGUUCUCUGAGCAACUAUCUUCAUUUACUCCCGUUAUGGCCGGUAUGCACUUCCAAAAAAGGUUGCUUGUACAUUUUUAUUUACACCUUUUUUCGAAAGCACAUACCGGCCGUAACGGUGGUAAAUGAAGAUAGUUGCUCAGCAAAACUCUUUGGUGAGUAACAAACAUAUUUUGACAUUAUAACGUUUCAGAGUUGGUGAAUGGGAGAUUGAAUCGGAGCUUCCUGGGCGCUAGAGGUUUCUAACUCACAGAUACUGGGGCACCCUGUAGGCAGCUCUGUAGAGUGGUCACUAGCUGGCACAAGACAUCAAACCUGAUUUUAUCCCUAAUCCCUAACUUUAAAUAUAGACCAAAAAGAUCAUUUUUGUCUUCAUGAAUUUUUACAAUAUAGCCGAUUUUGACUUUGCAGCUGGCCAUGCGGAAAUCACUCGGUUCUGCCUCCAGGGCAAAAUUCAUGACAAUAAACGUCAACCUGCGUUUUCUAUUGUGGGGUGGGCUUACUAUAACCUUAAACAUAUAUAUGUUGUAAUAUAGUGACUAUAACUAAAGCCAUACUUUAUGAUAUAGUAAUAUGUUGUUUAUGAUAUGCUUAUUUUUGGUUUAAUCCUCAACUGGUCACUUCCUCAUUCUUUCUGCCUCCUCCUCUUCUUCCUCACUUUGCUACAGUGAUCAGGAUGAUACCAGUAACUGAGUUUCGGAACUUUGCCUCAUCACAGAACCCAGAGUUCCGGGUUCUAAAGCCAUGGUGGGACGUGUUCUCGGAAUACCUAUGUAUCGCCAUGCUCAUGAUCGGAGUGUUCGGAUGCACCUUACAGGUAAGACUAAACUCAUACAAACUAACCACCAAUUAAUGACCCCUAUACAAUACCUUGAAGGUAUACGUUUUAAUUCUAUGAUAAGUACGGUGCCUUCAGAAAGUAUUCAUACCCCUUGACUUUUCCACAUUUUGUUGUUAAAGCCUGAAUUCAAAAUUGAUUAAAUAAAAAAAUGUGUUCUUGGGAAGCAACUCCAGUGUAGAGUUGGCCUUGUGUUUUAGGUUAUUUACCUGUUGAAAGGUGAAUUCAUCUCCCAGUGCCUGGUGGAAAGCAGACUGAACCAGGUUUUCCUCUAGGGUUUUGCCUGUGCUUAGCUCCAUUCCUUUUAUUUUUUAUCCUGAAAAAUCCCCAGUCCUUAACAAUUACAAGCAUACAAAAAAAAAAAAAAAAAAAAAUGUAUGCACGCAUGACUGUAAGUCGCUUUGGAUAAAAGCGUCUGCUAAAUGGCAUAUUAUUAUUAUUAUUAUUAUUAUUAUUAUUAUGAUGCAGCCACCACUAUGCUUGAAAAUAUGGAGAGUGGUACUCAAUAAUGUGUUGUAUUGGAUUUUUCCCUAACAUAACACUUUGUAUUCAGGAAAAAAAGUGUAUUGCUUUUCCAAUUUUCUUUUGCAGUUUUAUUUUAGUGCCUUGUUGCCAACAGGAUGCAUGUUUUGGAAUAUUUUUAUUCUGUAGAGGCUUCCUUCUUUUCACUCUGUUAAUAAGGUUAGUAUUGUGGAGUACCUACAAUGUUGUUGAUCCAUCCUCAGUUUUCUCCUAUCACAGCCAUUAAACUCUGUAACUGUCUUAAAGUCACCAUUGGCCUCAUGGUGAAAUCCCUGAGUGGUUUCCUUUUUCUCCAGCAACUGAGUUAGGAAGGACACCUGUAUCUUUGUAGUGACUGGGUGUAUUGAUACACCAUCCAAAGUGUAAAUAAUAACUUCACCAUGCUCAAAGGGAUAUUCAACGUCUGUUUUUUAUUUUAUUUUUACCCAUCUACCAAUUGGUGCCCUUCUUUACAAGCCAUUGGGAAACCUCCCUGGUUUCUGUCUUUGAAAUUCACUGCUCGACUGAGGGACCUUAGAGAUAAUUGGAUGUGUGGGGUACAGAGAUGAGGUAGUCAUUCAAAAAUCAUGUUUAACACUAUUAUUGCACACAGAGUGAGUCCAUGCAACUUAUAAUGUGACUUGUUAAGCAGAUUUGUACUCCUGAAUUUAUUGAGGCUAGCAAUAACAAAGGGGUUGAGUACUUAUUCACUGAAGACAUUUCAGCUUUUCAUUUUGUAUUAAUUUGUAAGAUAAAUAACAUAAUUCCACUUUGACAUUAUGGGGUAUUGUGUGUAGGCCAGUGACACAAAAAUCUUAAUUUAAUCAAUUUUAAAUUCAGGCUGUAACACUUGAAAAAGUCAAGGGGUGUGAAUACUUUCUGAAGGCACCGUUCUAAUCGGGGGUGUUGGGGGAUAUUUUUCAUAUAAUAUUCUUUUAUUUUUUCUUGUGAUUUAUCAGUGGGUGCUACAGCACCCUCAGCACCUUUACUUCCUGUGGCUAUGGAGGCCGAUGACAUCAGUCAGAGUAAUGAUGGCCAACCCUUGAAGCUAUUUUUUUUUACCCUUAAGUGUGUAUAUUACUGUAUUUAUACUUGGGAUAUUGUUUUUCAACAGGAACAUUUCAAAAGGUAGCUGGAGUGCGUCAUUAAAGCACAUUAGCCCCCGGGGCAUCAUUGCAACAGCUGAAUGUAAGCACCUAAUGGAACUGUUGGAUCUUGACAGAUUUUGGCAGUGUGUAGCCUGUAGCGAUAAGAAUAGGUGUGCCUACAGUAUAUGAAAUUAAAAUACAUGGCAUUACUUACCUUAUGUAAAUGAAAUAUAAUUGUGCCCUAAAUAAAUUCAAAAAAAAAAAAAAAAGUGGUUGUCCUACUGGCUAUCAUAAGUUGAAUGCACCAAUUUGUAAGUCGCUCUGGAUAAGAGCAUCUGCUAAAUGAUGUAAAUGUAAAUGUAAAUAUGUGAGGACAAUUUAAAACGCGAAUUAACGUACAAUCAUAUAGAGAAAGCCUUUGGCCCUGGAUUCUGAAAACAUUUUAGAUUUGAUUAGUGUGUCCUGUUUGAAUCUACUCCUGCCAUGUACCAAAGCAUUCUUAUCAGUGGUGGUGACCUCCAAGUGGGAAGGGAAAACAGAGACACAUUAACCAGUGUUUCCCCUAUAUGCAUUUAGCACCGCCGCUGCUAAAUCGACCAGUGUUUCCCCUGGAAUCAGGUCACAAACUCCGUAUUUAAUAUGUCAUCUUCUCAUCACACGAUCUUAAUCAUUGGUUGAUAUCAGACCUGGGUUCAAAGAAAACCAAUACUAUUUGAACCCAUGUCUGUUAGAUAUCAACUGGAACAGGAAAGAAAUAGAUCCCAAAAAUCUAAGCCUUAUGUUAUGUAGGUGAUUAGCCGUAGGCUACUCUGCAUGUUGUUCCAUUGCCUAAUCUUUCCAAUAGCACUCUGUCACACCCUGGCUCUGGGACUCAUUAUGUUGAGCCAGGGUGUGUGCAUUCUAUGUGUUCAUGUUCUAUGUUGGGUGUCUAGGUUGUCGAUGUCUAUGUUUGUAUUGAGUGACUCCCAAUCGGAGGUAACGAGUGUCAGCUGUCGGCUCGUUAUCUCUGAUUGGGAGCCAUAUUUAUACUGUCUGUUUUCACCUUGGGGUUGUGGGUUUUUGUUCCGUGUCGGUAUGUUAACCGUUGGACUUCACGAGUCGUGUUUUGUUUUGGUUUUCGUGCUUUAAUUAAAUAAAGUCAUGUUUAUUUCACACGCUGCGCCUUGGUCUACUACUCCUUACCCAGACGAUCGUGACAGAAAAACCCACCGUAAAAGGACCAAGCAGCGUGUCCAGGAGCAAGGAGGCUGGACAUGGGAGGAAGCGCCGGGUAAGGAGAUCGAGAGGCUGGCGAUGGCCCAGGUGGGCAAAUCGUGGUCCUGGGAGGACAUGCUCGGGGGCAAGGGACCUUGGGGUAGGAUCAAGGCCCUGGCGAGAGAGGAGCAACGGCGUCAGCAGGGCCAUCGUCGGACGGACGAGAGGCAACCCCAAAAAAAAUUUGGGGGGGGGCACAUGGCUUGGGCGGCUGGGCAGCAGGAGGCUGCCACAGGGCAAUUCGGAGAGGAGGCCACCGGGUUUUGGGGGCCAGAAGGCAGGUUGGCGAGGCCGGGAUGGAGAGCGGAACCAACUUCCCGUACUCAGGCAUGGCAGCAUGGGACGGGGCAGGUUCCGCGGUAUGCGGAGCAGCGUACGGUGCCACGAGUGGUCCGGCACAGUCCUGUACGUCCUGUGCGAGCACCCCGCACGUGUCGUGCGAAGGGGGGUAUGCAGCCAGGACGGAGUGUGCCGGCUCAACGCUCGUGGUCUCCUAUGCCUCUCCGCGGUCCCGGAUAUCCUGCUCCAGUAUCACGUGCUGUCAUGUCGGUACGGGUACACAGCCCUGUACGUCCUGUGCGGAUGCCUCACACAGAGUGUGUGAAGGUAGGCAUUCAGCCGGGACGGGUUGUGGCCGCUCUUCAUUCCAGGUCUCCUAUCCGUCUCCACAGUCCGGUGAGGCCUGUCCCUGCUCCACGCACUAAGUUAAUGGUGCGCGUUGCCAGCCCAGCCCGGCCUGUCCCUGCUCUACGCACAAAGCCUACGGUGUGCGUCGCCAGCCCAGCCCGGCCUGUUCCUGCUCUACGCACAAAGCCUACGGGGUGUGUCGCCAGCCCAGCCCGGCCUGUUCCUGCCCCACGCACAAAACCUACGGUGUGCGUCGCCAGCCCAGCCCGGCCUGUUCCUGCUCUACGCACAAAGCCUACGGUGUGCGUCGCCAGCCCAGCCCGGCCUGUUCCUGCUCUACGCACAAAGCCUACGGGGUGCGUCGCCAGCCCAGCCCGGCCUGUUCCUGCUCCACGCACAGAACCUACGGUGUGCGUCGUCAGCCCAGCCCGGCCUGUUCCUGCUCCACGCACAGAGCCUACCGUGUGCGUCGCCAGCCCAGCCCGGCCCGUUCCUGCUACUCGCACCAAGCCAAGGGUGCGAGUCGUCAGCCGGAUCCAGCCUGUUCCUGCUACUCGCACCAAGCCAAGGGUGCGAGUCGUCAGCCUGGUUCAGCCCGUUCCUGCUACUCGCACCAAGCCAGGGGUACGAGUCGUCGGCCUGGUCCAGCCCGUUCCUGCUACUCGCACCAAGCCAAGGGUGCGAGUCGUCAGCCUGGUUCAGCCCGUUCCUGCUACUCGCACCAAGCCAAGGGUGCGAGUCGUCAGCCUGGUUCAGCUCGUCCCUGCUACUCGCACCAAGCCAAGGGUGCGAGCCGUCAGCCUGAUCCAGCCCAUUCCUGCUACUCGCACCAAGCCAGGGAGGCGAGUCGUCAGCCUGGUGAGGCCCGUUCCGAAUCCACGCAUCAAGCCUAGGGUGCGUAUCGUCGGCCAGGUCCGGUCCGUUCCUGCCUCACGCGCCAAGCCAGGGGUGCGCGUCGUCAGUCCAGAUCCUACCAGCUGGGUCAGAUCGGACCGGGGGCGCUACGGGGGGAUUGAAGAAGGGUGGUGGUCAAGCCCGGAGCCGGAGCCGCCUCCGAGGAGCAACACCCACCCAGCCCUCCCCUAUUUGGGGUGUAGGCGCGGUCGGAGUCCGCGCCUUUAGGGGGGGGUACUGUCACGCUCUGGCUCCGGGACUGUGUAUUUUGAGCCAGGGUGUGUUCAUUUGGUGGUGGUUGGUAUUGGUUGUGUUGUAUUUUGGUUGUUUCCUUGUUUGGUCGUGUGACUCCCAAUCAGUGGUAACGAGUGUCAGCUGUCGGCUCGUUAUCUCUGAUUGGGAGCCAUAUUUAAACUGUCAGUGUUCACCUUAGGGUUGUGGGUUUUUGUUCCUGUACAGUCAUUGUCACUGUGGACUUCUCGUAUCGUCAUUUGUUUUGUGGUUUUCGUGUUGCACUUUAAUUAAAUAAAGUAAUGUUCGCUCAACGCGCUGCGCUUUGGUCCACUCCCUCAUUAGACGAUCGUGACAGAAAAACCCACCAUCAAAGGACCAAGCAGCGUGUCCAGGAACAGGCAACCUGGACGUGGGAGCAGCGUCGGAGGGUCGAGAGGCAACCCCAAGAAAUUUUUAGGGGGGGGCACACGGCAUGGACGACGGGGCUGACGGAGGCAAAGAUGGGGCGAAUCCAGGAGGCCACCAGGCCAGGGGUACACCGCCCUGUACGUCCUGUGCAGAUGCCUCACACAGAGUGUGUGAGGGCAGGCAUUCAGCCAGGACGGGUGGUGGCCGCUCUUCACUCCAGGCCUCCUAUCCGUCUCCACAGCCCGGUUCGGCCUGUCCCUGCUCCACGCAGCAAGCCUACGAUGUGCGUCGCCAGCCCGGUCCGGCCUGUUCCUGCCACCCGCACCAAGUCUACGGUGCGCGUCGCCAGCCCGACCCGGCCUGUUCCUGCCACCCGCACCAAACCUACGGUGCGCGUCGCCAGCCCGGUCCGGCCUGUUCCUGCCACCCGCACCAAACCUACGGUGCGCGUCGCCAGCCCGGUCCGGCCUGUUCCUGCCACCCGCACCAAGUCUACGGUGCGCGUCGCCAGCCCGACCCGGCCUGUUCCUGCCACUCGCACCAAACCUACGGUGCGCGUCGACAGCCCUGCCCGGCCUGUUCCUGCUCCACGCACCAAGUCCACGGUGUGCGUCGACAGCCCUGCCCGGCCUGUUCCUGCUCUACGCACCAAGUCUCCGGUGUGCGUCGACAGCCCUGCCCGGCCUGUUCCUGCUCUACGCACCAAGUCUCCGGUGUGCGUCGACAGCCCUGUCCAGCCCAGUCCUGCUCCCCGCACCAAGUCUACGGUGUGCGUCGACAGCCCGUCCCGGCCUGUUCCUGCCACUCGCACCAAACCUACGGUGCGCGUCGCCAGCCCGGUCCGGCCUGUUCCUGCCACCCGCACCAAGUCUACGGUGCGCGUCGCCAGCCCGACCCGGCCUGUUCCUGCCACUCGCACCAAACCUACGGUGCGCGUCGCCAGCCCGGUCCGGCCCGUCUCUCUUCCACGCACCAAGCCAGGGGUGCGAGUCGUCAGCCUGGUAAGGCCCAUUCCUCCUCCACGCACCAGGCCAGGGGUGCGCGUCGUCAGCCUGGUAAGGCCCGUUCCUCCUCCACGCACCAGGCCAGGGGUGCGAGUCGACAGACUGGACCAGGGGCGCAUUGGGGGGUGUAUUGUAGGGUGGUGGUCAAGGCCGGAGCCAGAACCGCCACCGAGGAGGUAUGCCCGCCCAGCCCUCCCCUGUUUGGGGUUUUUGAGGCGCGGUCGCAGUCCGCGCCUUUAGGGGGGGGUACUGUCACACCCUGGCUCUGGGACUCAUUAUGUUGAGCCAGGGUGUGUGCAUUCUAUGUGUUCAUGUUCUAUGUUGGGUGUCUAGGUUGUCGAUGUCUAUGUUUGUAUUGAGUGACUCCCAAUCGGAGGUAACGAGUGUCAGCUGUCGGCUCGUUAUCUCUGAUUGGGAGCCAUAUUUAUACUGUCUGUUUUCCACUCACUCUGCUUCUCUCUCUCUUUUUCCCUCCCUCUCUCCAUCAUAGCUCACCCAGGAGAAGAUUUCCUGCCUUCCCAGCCAUUUCUCCAGCUCAACUCCAGAGGCCAUCGACUGCAGCCACAUCCGCAGCCACAAGGAGAACGAGACAUGGGAGCACCAUACCUUAGUCAAGCCCGUCAGGUAGGUAGCCUAGAGCUAGAGGUUAGAAUCCCAGCUCCUAGUAGGGAACUCUGGUGUCCAGAUAAAGCAAAAAUACAUAUCUCUGUGUCCUUUUGACCACAGACAAUAAAGUAAUCUAGUCACAAUUUAUUCGGUUGAUAAGCAACUUCUUGCUAAGGUUACGGUUAGGGUUAGGUUUAGAAUAAGGGUUACAUUUAGGGUUCAAAUAGUAUUUGGGUUAGAGCUAGGGUUAGUAGAUAGUUAGUUGAAAUGUUACUGAUAGUCUGUACAGCAUCUACAGAUGGACUAUCCAAAUUCUUCUUUUACAGCCCCAUCAUCCGGGAGGUGCACGGACGGAAGAACAACCUUGACAUACACCAGUACAUCUUCGUCAACCACUACUGCUACGAACGGGCCGUGCACUGGUAUGGCAAGUACUUCCCCUACCUGGUGGUAAUCCACACAUUGAUCUUCAUGGUGGCCAGCAGCUUCUGGUUUAAGUUCCCUGGGACGUCGUCCAAGAUCGAGAUCUUUGUCACCAUCCUGGGGAAGUGUUUCGACUCGCCGUGGACCACCCGGGCACUGAGUGAGGUGUCUGAGGAGCGUGGCGAGGAAAAGAUGGUGAUAUGGAGGAAGAACACCAUGUCGAAGUCGAUGGCAUCAGCGUUCGCUGCCUCGCCGGACAGUGGGCCAGGGGUGGAGGAGGAGAUGGUGGGACUUCUCCGGCAGUCGUCCAUCAAGUCAAAUCCAGAGAAGAAGAACCCGGAACUACAGCCAGCAGAUUCCCUCCUGGACAAGAAGGAAGGGGAGCAGGCUAAAGCUCUGUUCGAGAAGGUGAAGAAGUUCAGAACGCAUGUGGAGGAAGCGGAUCUGCUCUACCUGAUGUACGUUCUCCAGACCUCCCUCAAGGUCUUCAAGUUCGUCCUCAUCACCUGUUACAGCACUGCAUUGGUCCCCAACAUUGAGAUUGUAGUUCGUUGCUCAGUUCCUCCGGAGCUGACCGGCUUCGACAUCUACUGCUGCAACCACACCAAAGCCCACCUCUUCUCCAAGCUGUGUUACUGUUACAUCUGCUUUGUGGGAGUCUACGGACUUCUGUGCAUCUACACCCUCUAUUGGCUCUUCCAUCGACCUCUUAAAGAGUACUCCUUUGAGCAUGUUCGACUGGAGACGGGCAUCAACGACAUCCCAGACGUCAAGAACGACUUUGCGUUCCUCCUCCACCUCAGUGACCAGUACGACGCGCUCUACUCCAAACGCUUCGCUGUCUUCCUCUCCGAGGUCAGCGAGAGCCGUCUUCGCCAGGUCACCCUCAACCACGAGUGGACCGGCAAAAAGCUCCGGGGCCGCCUCUCCCGGAAUGCUGACAACCGCCAGGAACUCCAUCUCUUCAUGCUCCCAGGUCUCCCUGACACCGUCUUUGAUGUCCCUGAAGUGGAAUCUCUCAAACUGGAGCUGCUAAACAAUGUGACUAUUUCCUCCAGUGUGAUCCAGCUAGGUUCUCUCCAGGAGCUGUCCCUCAUCCACUGCCCUGCCAAGCUCCAGCUGGCUGCCCUGACCCACCUCAGAGAGAACCUCAAGGUCCUCCGGCUAGCCUUUGAGGGCCUGGAGCAGGUACCAAUGUGGAUGUACACACUUCAGAGUCUUGAAGAGCUCCACCUGAGUGGUCCGUUGACCCACGAACUCUCCCGCAGUGCAACCUUAGACUCCCUGAGAGAACUCAAAGCUCUAAGAGUCCUGACGCUUCGCAGCCGCCUAACCAAGAUCCCUCCGAGUGUCGGGGACGUGGCAGUCAACCUCCAGCGUCUCUGCAUCUAUAAUGAGGGCCUCAAACUCCAAGCCUUCAGCAGCCUGAAGAAGUUAACCAACCUGGCCUCUCUGGAGCUGACAGGAUGCGAGCUGGAGCGCAUCCCCAGCGCGGUCUUCAGCCUAUCAAGCCUGCAGGAGCUGGACCUGAAGGAAAACAAGCUGACUACAGUAGAGGAGAUCCUGAGUCUACAACAUUGCCGGCGCCUGGUAACUCUUCGUCUCUGGCACAACAGCAUCACCUACAUCCCUGAGCACAUUGCUAAGCUGAAGUCCUUAGAGACGCUGAACGUCAGUUGGAACAAGCUCCGGAAACUUCCGUCACGUCUCUUCUACUGCACCAAGCUCCGGCACUUGAACCUGUCCCACAACCAGCUCACAUCGCUACCAGCCGAGGUAGGGAUACUCCAGAGUCUCCAGUUCUUCUCAGCAGCCUUUAACUCCCUGGAACAGCUGCCGGAGGAGCUGUUCUCCUGCAAGAGGCUCAAGACCCUGGCGCUGGGAAACAACUGCCUGCUCUCGCUUAGCCCCAGGGUGGCUAACUUGGCCCAGCUAGUGCGCCUGGAGCUCAAGGGGAACAGGCUAGAGUCUCUACCCUCGGAGAUAGGGGAUUGUCCCCUGUUGAAGACCAGUAAUCUUGUGGUAGAGGACAACCUGCUGGAUCUACUGCCGUCGGAUGUACGGAGCAGGAUGAAAGACAGUUGAGAGACAAUUACUUUACUUACUUUAAAGGGCUUUUUACUCCUCCUGGUGCGUAAGCCGCUGACAACAGUUGAGAGAUAGGAUAAAGGGUCAGGUUUAGUAACACUUGAUUGGUCAGAGAUUUCAGCUCCGUGGGAAAUGAUUGGUCCUCUGGGUGGGUUUGCAGUUGUGAGGACAUGAGGGAUUAACUUUUUUAAAGGCAAAUCCGAGAAUAUGAAUCCGAAAGUACGAGAGGACAAGUAAGGAAGGAACUAUGGACAUACCGUAGCAUAUAAGGUUCAAGAAAGGACUUUUCGCACAUUUCGGAGGGACAUACAGUAUAGCAAUAGAAUAAUUAGCAAAUGUAAUAUAUUUUGGUCAAAUCAUCUUUAAAUCAUGUUCACCUACUUAUUGUCUUGACUAUACUUUUUUAAAAAUGUUUUUUAAUACAAAGAUGUCUAUCAAAAGUGUCCUUGAUGAAAUGUCAUCCUUAAAGCAUAUGUCAUAUGAUCAUUAUCUUUUUUUUAUUUAACUUGUUGGCAGCUUGAACAUCGUUGCUCAUGAAGGCUGCCUUGCAGGCUUGUUAAGGGGACUAUUCGCUGAAGCGUUACAGAUUGCGCGCUAUAAAAAAUGUAAAGGUAAUUUCCGAUUGAGCCGACAUAUGCAAAGUUUACCGUGAAUGCAGCCUCCACUA